AUGCCUGCAGUCACAGCCGAAGCACCAGCCGUUGCGCUGUCUUUUGCCAAUAACUUCUGGGGUAAAGAUGACGCCGGCGUCCAACCCCUCCUGGAUCGUAUGGCGGCAGCCAAGCAAACGAAUGACGAACUAAAGGCGUUCUAUAGCGCGCGUGCCUCACUCGAAGAUGAAUACGCCAAGAAACUUCUCAACCUGAGCAAGAAAUCACUAGGUUCGCACGAGACAGGCAGCCUGAAAGCGUCCCUUGAUACCCUUCGAGGCGAGGUCGAGAGCAUGGGAAAGCAGCACCAGAGUAUUGCAGCGCAGAUGAAGACGGAGUUGGACGAACCUCUGUCCGCUUUCGCGGGUGGUAUGAAGGAGCGCCGCAAGAUUGUUCAGAACGUCAUUGAAAAGAUCUUAAAGACGAAGAUUCAGCAGACACAGCAGGUCAACAAGACGCGAGACAAGUAUGAACAAGAAUGCUUGAAGAUCAAGGGCUAUCUGGCACAGGGCCAUAUGGUCAUGGGCCAAGAAGAGCGCCGCAACAAAGCCAAGUUGGAGAAGACACAGAUCAGUCUCGCAACAUCCAACACAGAGUACGAAACUGCGAUCAAAGCCCUCGAAGAAACCACAGUACGUUGGAACAGAGAAUGGAAGGCUGCUGCGGAUAAGUUUCAGGACUUGGAAGAGGAACGCCUCGACUUCACAAAAAGUAGUCUGUGGACUUUUGCAAAUAUAUCCUCCACAGUAUGUGUGAGUGAUGACGCUUCUUGCGAGAAAAUUCGGCUCUCGUUGGAGAACAUGGAGGUUGAGAAAGAUAUUACUUCCUUCAUUACAGAGAGAGGCACUGGACAAGAGAUCCCCGACGCCCCCAAGUAUAUCAACUUUCGUCGCGGCGAUGUGGACAGCCAGUCCGAAGUCUCAGACGACGAUCACUAUUCCGUCGCUCAGUUCCCUCGCAGUAUCAACCCUGCCUUCCGAUCGUCGUCUCCACAGCCAUCGACUUUCGAGUCGCACCACGAUCCCGCGUCAAACUUGACAAACGAUCUUGCUCACCGGGACAACAUGGCGUAUCCCGGUAGCAGGGAAACUACAGUCACUCCUCAACGUGGACUACCCAGUCAAGGAAGACCUUCUGUCGAUGAGCAGUUCCGUCGAGCACCUCCCAGCCAGGGAAGACCCUCCGUCGAUGAGCAGUUUCGUCGAGCACCUCCGCAAAUGAGCGCUCAGCAGCAGCAGCAGCAGCAGCAGCAGCAGCAGCAGCAAUAUGACAACAAGCAGCAUGGGCCCCUGGCUGCUGUACCCCAUGAACCUUACCCUAUGGAUGGCAUGACUAUGCUCUGCCGUACUGGCCCGCCCUCGGACCUUAGUUCCCAAGUUACAUCUGGUAGGCCAUCCAGCAGGGAUUCGCGCAGUGAGUGUUCCAACCGGAACUCUUUCUCCAGUGUUGAGCCUCCCAGCGGAAAGACCUCACCGGUCAAACAAGAUCCUGAACCUGCACCGACCCCAGAGAAACGCGUAUUCAAAAAGAAGAGUGGUUUUUUCCAGAACCAUAGCCCAUUUCGACGAAAGAGCACCAAAGAAAUCAAUUCUGAAACGAAUCGCAAUACUUGGCACGCCAGUGCUAGUUCUGGAAGCCCGCAAAGACCACCUCUGUAUAGCCAAGAGGAGCAGAGCAGACACUCUGCUGUAGCCAGAGCCCCAAGCCCAGAGCCUAUCGAUGCCAAUGCCAGCCUAGCGCUUGGUGUUGGCCAGAAUGUGCUACCCGUCUCGACUGCUGACACGCGACGACGAGGUGGUCACGCCCCUGGUGCCAGCGUCGACGAGACCGACCCCAUUGCUGCAGCACUCGCUGAGUUGAGGGUUGGAGGCAGCAAAGCCGGCUCCGUCCGUAUGUCUGCUGACCGCUACCACGGCGUUGCAACUCCGGCACCUAGCAACCAUGAGGCUGCUGCACCUGCUCGAGGCACUCCGCCUGCAUACAGCACCCAGUCUCAGGUUUCUCGGCUCGGAGUGCCACCACCCGCCGUGACCUCAAAGGCGAUGAAGCAGGCUUCCAAGAAGGUCGCCAAUCAGACUCGCAGUAUCUUUGGUGAAGACAAGAGGGACACAGGUAUGUCACCGAAUUCGCGCCCUGGAACUCGUAGCGGAUAUGAUAUGCCGCGAUCGGCGUCCCCUGCUCCUACGCGCAGUGUAUCGCCGCAACCGAAAAUAGGUCACGAUACUCGCUACCGCUCUGCGUCCCCAAACCCUCGCACCCAGCACCAGCGAGGCGGCUCGCAGCCGCACAACGACCCAUAUCGUCAUGCAUCUCCCCAUGGUUCAAUGAGGGGCUCGGUUCGAGGAUCAUCGCCUGCGUCUUAUGCGGACUAUGGCGCUCGUCCUCACAGCAGCUAUGGUGGUAGCGAUAUGGCAGUGCAGUUGGCUCCUGUGGGUGGCGAUAUGUACGACUCCCGCGCCAUGGGUUUAUAUGAAGGCGGCUCCCGCCCUCGCAGUAAGAGUGUAGUUGAUUCUUCUCGUCAGUACACGCGCGACGGCCGGGUUAUCUUGCACUUUGCUCGUGCUCUCUACAUGUACCAAGCGGCCAUUCCAGAGGAGUUGGGCUUCGCGAAGGGGGAUGUCCUCGCCGUCCUCCGACACCAGGAUGACGGCUGGUGGGAGGCUGAGGUGCACGGUGGCAAUGGCCGCGUUGGGCUGGUCCCCAGCAAUUAUCUCCAGCAAUGUUGA